AUGGCAUACAUCAGUAUAAGCUAUUCGGCACUCUUGUGUUGUCUUUUUUUAGCCUGGAUUAUUUAUCGAAAACGAGAGCCAAUUAUCCAUUUUAUACUCUCUACCGUGGUAUAUCCAAUUCGGGACAUCCAAGGACGUCCAAUCUCUGGGCCACGAUGGAAGUCUAUGGAUGGGCAGGGUAUUGAUAAAUUCUUACGUGGCCACGAGUUCAGCCGAGAUUGGCGACGGCAUGGCGCAGUUUAUCGAAUUUGGUCCGGCUUUGUCCCAGAAAUUGUUCUCACAAGACCAGAGGAUGUCAAGACUUUUUAUAUCGACUCCGCAGUCCACUUCAAAUCCACAUCAAGCAAUGGCGGAUGGCUGUUUCACCAGCUCCUCGGGGACUGUAUGGGCCUCAUCAACGGUGAAAGAUGGAAGAGAACACGCCUUGAAUUUAAUAGCUAUUUCAUUAAUCGCGCAAUUACAGAGUUUUCUCCCCAGAUGGAACAAGGCGCUGCAAAAUACACGCAGAAUCUCAAGGGGGGGUGUGGCCACGGUAUUGAUGUGAUACAUGCAGGCAACAUAAGCCGAUUUCCUUUCAUGACUACAGCGGAGCACAUUUACGGACCUCUAACUAAGCAAGAGAAAGAGAAUCUCUGGUCUCUAGGCCAAAGGAGUCUCGGAUUGAUGGGUAAAGUACUGUCUGGCGGUGUUUAUAGAUUCAAAGUCUGUCAAUACUUGAGGCCGGGGACAUACCAAAUUUUGAAGAAAUUCAACUAUGAUUGGACUGCUUUCAACGAACAGAUAUACAAUUCACGGAAGGGCUGCUUCCAAAAGCCUCCAAUUGUACAUGUUUGGGAAAGUUUGGAAGAGGGGAAGGUUUCUAAACAAGAGUUGAUACAAACCAUGAGCGAGAUCCUAUUUGCGAAUCUCGACGUGUCAACCCACGUUCUUGGUUGGUUGAUCAUAUUCGUUGCCCAGAAUACCACGGUACAAGAACAGCUUCGGAAGGAAAUAACUGAUCAAUAUGGCGAUGUGGUGGAAUUUUUGCGCAGAAAGGACACACUACUGCAUUUUUGUUAUCUUGAAUCUCUACGUCUUCGACCAUUUACUGUUUUUACCAUCCCAGAAACCUCUCCAAUGGCCAAAGUUCUUGGAGGAUAUAGGAUUCCAAAAAAUACAGGUGUUGUUGUGGACACAUUAGCAAUCAAUUAUAACGCCGAGUUCUGGGGGGACAAUAGCAGAGAUUUCAACCCGUAUCGCUUUCAGCAUCUAUCAUCCACAGAGCUAACGAAUAAGAAGCUUCGCUAUAAUUUAUUUACUUUUGGAUUCGGCUCACGGAAGUGUCUCGGUCAGCAUUUCGCCGAGGCUAUGAUGAAGCAAUUCCUCUGCAAGCUGCUGGAAGGUUAUGAGUUGACAUUACCUGAAACAGAGAUCCGAAAAGGAACGGAAGAAAAGUUCAGCAGGGAUACAUGGGUUCCCAUCUCGGAUUUACGAGUCACUCUCACUCCAGUUGAUUUGCGGAGGUAG